AUGACCUUGAGCGCCACCGCCCCCGCUCUCGUGGCGGUGGUGGCCCUUCUUGUUUUUGUGGUUUCGUGUUCAACGCAAGCAGCAACAGGAGCAGCAGUGUCACUGGGCGUGUGCGGCGGUGUCGGACCAAAAAGCGCAUUCAUCUGCGAGGGUGGACAGGGCCUGAGAUCCCCCAUCUUCAGCUGCGACGCCAACAACAACUUGGAGAUCCGUGCCACGUGUUCGCCCCUCGGCAUUGUCAACAUCACUGAGCGCAGGUCCAAGAGCGUGGAAAUCCCUGUGCGCAAAUCCACCUUUGUCCUCGAGUGUCCUUCCGCCCAUCCGGGCAUCCGCGGCAUUGAGUAUCAAGGACAUCAAUUUGUGCUGCUGUGUGAGGAGGUGCCAGGUGCUUGGGUUGUCGAUCCGAAAGACUUUGACCGAUAUGGCCUCCGCGACAAUACACUGGGCUCCGGCACUCUGCAAGCGUCAACCAGACGCGUGCAACUUCCAGAUAUGAUCCCUCUAUACUUCACAAUCAACAACAUCGUGACAUUGGAGGCAGUGACCAUCGAGGUGGCCGCCACAAAGUUGCGGUGCACGGCGACAGGAACGAUUUCGAACGACGAAAAGUGUGAAUAUGACAAGUGUCCUGCCUUUGACCUCGAUGGGGGAACACCAAAUGGAACGACAUGCGACAAUCCAGUCUACGGGGCCGUGUGCACUGUGCUCGGCUGCCCCGCUGGCCAGCGGUUGGAGUCAAACGCGCCCAUAUCACUUCGCUGCGGCCCAACCAUGCAGGUCUCGCCCAGUGCCAACUGCGUCGAUUGUGACGUGGGAUUCGUGAGCGAGGCCAAGUCCCCGGUCUGCCGCCCGUGCCUGAACUCCUACCAGGAUGAGCGCGGGCAAGGUACUUGCAAGCAGUGCAGGCCGGGCAACUACACGCGCGAUGGGAAGUCUGAAGUGCCGUGUCCAUGGGGCCACGAGUGCCCAUCAGACGACUGCAUCUCCGUCAUGUGCAAGCCCGGAUAUGCACAGCCAAAACUUGGCCAAGCAUCCUGCAUCCCCUGCGAUGUGGGCUCGUACUCGAAUGCAAACGGGACGCGCAGGUGCGAAGCGUGCCUGGCAGGCAAGUUCACGGACGAGCGCGGCCAGACGACGUGUCGUCCCGCAUUGCCAGGGUACCACGUGCCGGAAAAGAACAGCGACCACCAGCUACCCUGCCCACCAGGAACGUUUACAGCCACGACGGGGCAGUCGACCUGCCAGCCGUGUGGACCCACCGUCAUCCAGCCAGAGGCGGGCAGUGAGCGGUGCCGGCCGUGUGAUGCUGGCAUGUAUCGGACAUCACCCACCACGCAGGCCAUCUGCCCUCUCGACAACACAUGCAGUGGGUGUGUCCUCACCCCAUGCGCAAACUCCAGCAACGAUUACGACUGCCUGUGCUCCUCUGCUGGCGUGUGCAGCGAGAUUGGCGUGGGCGACCUCUCCCCCACGGACCAGCUCGUGUACACCCUCGCCUCCACCGGUCCCGCCGGCGGCGCGUUCUGGCCCGUCGUUGACCUCCACAGCAGACGCGGGCUCGUGCUCAGCUUCAUGCCGCGUGGCCGCGGUGGCGUGUUCCAUGCAGACCCCACAGCGGACAUUGCGUUUGCAGGCAACCUCUCAUUCAUCGCCACAAGUGACAUGAGCUCGUUUCACACCGCCCUGCGCGCCAUCGCAUACACGGAGGGCAAGCGGCAGUUGCUCCCUCUUCUGAACGUCAGUGUCAACACAAACGGCGUGCACAUGUCCAUCUCCUUUCGCACACACGCAAUCACGGGCGUGUCCUCCUUUGAUGCCAUCGUGCUUGUGCUCUCUGGCGACUUCAUCUUAAUUGACACGACCAACCCCAACGACGACACGCGAGCCGAGGGCCUCGGUAGUGCCAACAGCACGGGCACUGGCGACAGCGCCACCACCAGCACCACCAGCAGCGAUGACGUGGUUGUUCAGUUGACCACGCAGUCAACAACGAUUGUCGUUGCUGAAGUGCAUCCCAGGAAUCUGGGCGGAGGCGGUGUGGAUCCCACCGUGAACCCGCAACAGUACUUUCGCACAACGCAGGACAUCACGCCAUUUCCGCAGUGCGCCAGCGAACGCGUUCUGCAGACUGUCACCAACGCGCACGUGGAAGACAUUGCGCCCCACGUCCUUCCCUACACAGAGCAGUCGCUAUCGUCGUCUUCGUCGUCGUCGUCGUCGUCGUCGUCGUCGUCGUCAUUGCCACCACCGUCUUCCCGGCUGUCGCUGAAGCAAGUGCAGCAAAUGCUCCGUGCCAUGGCUGUGGACAUAGACGUGGAUGGUGGUGAUGGCGGUGGUGGUGGCGAUGGUGAUGAGCGUGGUGAUGGCGGCUUGGCGUUCAGCGUCGUCGUGCUGCCUGAGAUUGACGAGCACUUUGACGUGGCGCGGGCCUCUGUGCACGUGGUGGACAGCGUGGGCAACGCCGUGCCGCACCUCGUGUCGCAGAACCUCACGCUCGUCUACGUGCCUGUGAACGCGUCCGUGCUGCCCUACACGUUCAACUUCACGCUUACGUUGGACGAUGGGACCUUGCACGCAUGCACAUUCCCCGUGCGCGCCAGCACGCCAAACAACGUGCUUGAGCUUCCACCGCUGCUGGUGACUACACAGUCCUUGACGGCAUCAACCACGACCGGCAACGGCGGUCCAGCCUUCAACGCAACGCACAUCCUUCCUACAGGUGCGUGGGCGACGGUUCCCAUCGUGAGCCGAGAGGACAAGCCGCAGGACCUCAGCUUCACCUUUGAGACGCUGCCCGGAUAUCGCGUGCAGGUGCCGAGCGACACGCGCCUGGCCGUGGAUCUCGCGUUUGCCGCCAGCGACGACACCCGUCUCCCGGCGCAAGUGCUCUCAGAUGUGCACGUGUCCGUCUACACGCGAAGUGACGCCGACACGCCGGAGCAGCUGCUGAACCUGCAGCUGAGCGCGGCGUUCGUCUCCGCCAAUGGGCUGCGCAUUGCUGGCUCCACAGACGUGCUUCGCCUCCCGCAGCGCCUGCACAGCCUGCGCGUGUCCAUGCAUGUUCCCAGCGCCGUGUUCACCAACGCCACGAACGUGCUUCGAGGCAGAAUCACCAACUCGGUGCAAUACGUGAGCGCGCUUGGCACGGGCGUGCAGGUGGUGGAUGUGUCAGCGCCGGUCAUUGCUUCGACCACGUGCGCCGUCGUCUACACCAACACGGACCCGAACGCGGACGGGGCAACCUUCCCUGGCGACCAGGUCCUACGCAACGUCACAGAGAACGACUUUCUCACACGCGUUUGGGUCGAGUACCAGAACAUAGGGGACAGCACGUGGCACACGAUUGACCUUGAGGCGGGAGCCCGCUAUCCCUUGAUCAAGUUUCCUGGACCCAGGCGGAUGCGAAUCUUUGCCAGAGACCGCGCGGGCCUAACGGCGCAAUGUGAACCACGCAUGGUCGUGCGGGACAAGGAAGAGCCAGAAGUUUCCUGCCGCAACAUGGAGCUGUUUCUGCCCGCGCACCGCAAUGCCGGGGCGCUGCCGAGGGAGAGCGUGUAUGAGUCGCUCGGUGCACACGACAACGUCAACGCGCAUCCCGUGGUGAGCAGCUCGCUGCCAGCUUAUCUCCCGCGCGGCACGUACAACGCCACGUUCCUUGUGGCUGACGACAGCGGCAACACGGCACCCCCGUGCGCAGCAUCGUUUACCGUGGGCGACAACACGCCACCGGAGCUCACAGCGCCGACCCAGCACAAGAGGGCAGAGGAGGGCACGUACCUGCGCCUCAAGCGCCUGGAUGACCUGACGUUCACGUGCACGGACAACGACCCUGCCAGCCUGGAGUAUGGCAUUGCCGCCAACAGCUCGGUGCAAAUUGGCGACCACCUGCACCUGGGCACGCACCACGUCGAGCUGUUCUGCCGCGACAGUAACACCACGGUGUAUGCGCGCAAGAAGCUUGUCGUGGACUACAACCGAGACGCGCUGGUCGCUUCGCUCGUGGUAGUGUUCGUUGUCAUGCUGUGCCUGAUCGGCUACCUCGUGUUGCUGAAGGCCGGGUACCUCAACGACCGGCUUCUGCCGAUGCUGAAUGGCGGCAUUAAAGUGGUUGUGGGGAGUGCAGAGCUUGGACACGGCCUUCACGGCCGCAUCGUGACGGGCGUGUUGACGUACAUCAACCUCGACGUGCAGGUCGUGCUGAAGGUGUACCACCAGUGGGCGCUGGAGGGUUCGGACGAGGGCAAAGUCACUUCGCCCUCUCAACAGGAUGACACUCCCGAGUUCACGCAACAACAACAACAACAACAACAACAACAACAACAACAACAACAACAACAACAACAACAACAACAACAACAACAACAACAACAUCGACGACGACGGCGAUGA